AUGGCUGCAAAUCCAUCUCUUUCUGGGGACUUCAUCAUCGCCAGCAAGUACAAACUGAUACGCAAAAUUGGAUCAGGAUCAUUUGGCGAUAUCUACUUGAGCCUCAAUGUCACCAAUGGAGAGGAGGUUGCUGUGAAAGUCGAGAGCUCACGUUCACGGCAUCCACAACUGCUCUACGAGUCGAAAGUGUACAAAAUCUUACAAGGAGGUGUCGGAAUUCCACACAUUCGAUGGUAUGGUAUCGAACGAGACUACAACGUUUUGGUGAUGGAUCUUCUCGGUCCGUCUCUGGAGGACUUGUUCAAUUUUUGCAGCCGCCGUUUCACGAUGAAGACUGUGUUGAUGUUGGCAGAUCAGAUGAUUGGCCGCGUUGAAUAUGUACAUGUGAAGAAUUUCAUCCACCGCGACAUCAAACCUGACAACUUUUUGAUGGGAAUUGGCCGUCAUUGCAACAAGCUCUUCCUUAUCGACUUCGGUUUGGCAAAGAAAUAUCGUGAUUCGCGCACUCGAACCCAUAUCGCGUAUCGAGAAGACAAGAAUUUGACGGGUACGGCUCGCUACGCUUCGAUCAACGCUCAUCUUGGAAUCGAGCAGUCCAGGCGAGAUGACAUGGAGAGUUUGGGGUAUGUGCUGAUGUACUUCAAUCGUGGCACUCUUCCAUGGCAAGGACUCAAAGCUGCCACCAAGAAGCAGAAGUACGAAAAGAUCUCGGAGAAAAAGAUGUCAACUUCGGUAGAGGUGCUCUGCAAGGGAUUCCCUGCUGAAUUCACCAUGUUCUUGAACUACUGCAGGGGCUUGCGCUUUGAUGAGGCUCCAGAUUACAUGUACUUGCGACAGUUAUUCCGCAUUUUGUUCAGAACAUUGAACCACCAAUACGAUUACACUUUCGAUUGGACGAUGCUCAAGCAAAAGGCAGCUCAGAGCCAAGUCAACGUCACUGAUCAGCAAACUGGUCAACAGAAUCCGGAAAAUGCCGAAGCC